AUGAGUGAAUACUGGUUAAUUAGUGCCCCUGGCGACAAAACCUGCCAACAAACAUGGGAUACUUUGAAUAAUGCCACCAAAUCCGGCAGUCUCAGCGUCAACUAUAAAUUCCCUAUACCUGACCUCAAGGUGGGUACUUUGGAUCAGCUCGUUGGUUUGUCGGAUGAUCUCGGCAAACUUGAUACUUUUGUUGAGGGUGUUACAAGAAAGGUGGCGCAGUAUCUCGGAGAGGUACUUGAAGAUCAACGCGACAAACUUCACGAGAAUCUGACGGCUAACAAUAGCAUGGACUCUUAUUCUGACCCGGGCGGAGGCCAGCCGUCCACGCCUUCGCCGGUUUGCGACUCAGCUUACUCUGAGCACCACGGCUGUUGGCCAUGCGAGCAUCACGAUGUGCCAACGAUCCGCCAACGAUUGGCCAAUGAUGAGCCAGCCACGCCAUCUAGCGGCCGCAGCUCGAGCUGGGAUGACGAUGAGGAUGAAGCCCACAUACUGACGCAAGGCGACUUGCCGACGUAUUUGACACGUUUCCAAUGGGAUAUGGCCAAGUAUCCCAUAAAGCAAAGUCUACGCAACAUCGCUGAUAUUAUCAGUAAACAGGUAGGACAAAUCGACGCUGAUUUGAAGAUGAAAUCAUCAGCUUACAACUCGCUGAAGGGAAACCUGCAGAGCUUGGAGAAAAAACAGACUGGAAGUCUGUUGACCCGCAACCUCGCUGAUUUGGUUAAAAAGGAACAUUUCAUUCUGGACAGCGAAUAUCUAACUACCCUACUCGUCAUUGUACCCAAGGCGAUGUUUAACGACUGGAACGCUAACUAUGAGAAGAUAACUGACAUGAUUGUACCGCGUUCAACUCAGCUCGUACAUCAAGACAAUGACUACGGGCUGUUCACUGUAACUCUGUUCCGUAAGGUGGUAGACGAGUUCAAGCUGCACGCCCGUGAACGUAAGUUCAUUGUCCGCGAGUUCUCAUACAACGAGGCGGACCUCGCGGCCGGCAAGAACGAGAUCACCAGGCUCGUUACUGACAAGAAGAAACAGUUUGGUCCGUUGGUGAGAUGGCUGAAAGUUAAUUUCUCUGAAUGUUUCUGUGCCUGGAUACACGUAAAGGCUCUAAGGGUUUUCGUUGAAUCCGUACUGAGAUACGGUCUGCCUGUGAACUUCCUCGCUGUAGUGAUGGUCCCGGCUCGUAAGAGCGUGAAGAAGCUGCGCGACGUGCUGCAGCAGCUGUACGCCCACCUCGACCACUCGGCGCAGCAGCACGGACACGCGGCACAGGACAAUGCUGAGUUGGCCGGUCUUGGUUUCGGUCAAUCAGAUUACUUCCCCUACGUUUUCUACAAAAUCAACAUUGACAUGGUCGAGAAAGCUUAG